AUGUCAUUUUUUGUUGAAUUGUGGGAGUCUAUAUUUACUCCAGGUACAACACCCGCAUUAAUUACUGCAACUCAUAUAUCUUUCAUAUUAUUAAUAAUUUCAUUAAUAUUUCUUAUAUUUUUAACAAAAUCAAUUCAUUUUAUUAAUUUAUUAGUAAUUGCUGUAUUGUUAUAUAUUACAGUUAUAUGGUUUAUUAAAGAAUUACAAUCAGAAAAAGAAAAAUUAAAAGCUAAUGAACAAUUGAACCAAGAACAACAACAAGACAAAGAAGAAGAAGAAAAGAAGGAAGAUGAGAAGGAAGAUGGAAAGGACACUACCACAGUCAAAGUUACCACAACUGCCAUUCCUUCAACCACCAAUACUCCAAGAAAGAGAAAAGUAUAA